AAUGAAACCUUUAAAUCAAGCCUCCAAAAUUAUUGCUCAACAAUUCUUCUACAGAGGCAAAUUCAUCAAACCAACAACCAUAACAACAAGUUUGAAUCAAUUAAAAUUCAAUCCUUCUUUAAUUGUUAAUAAUGGAGUGCAACAUCAAAAUGCUACUUCCCGUUCCUUUUCCAUCAUCAAUAAUAAUACAUUAUUCUCUCAUUCCCUCAUGAUGCAAGAAGAAGAAGGAGCUAGAGUAUCAUCCACCAACAACAACAAUUCUUCAUCGUCAUCAAUGGCAACAUCAAAUAAUUUGAACAAAAAAAUGCCAGAAGAACAACAACAACAAAACAAGAGAAAAUUCAAUCAUCACAACAAUAGAAAUAAAAAAAACAAGAAAGUCAAGAAGGAGAAACCAAGCAAUGUUAUUGAAGCUGUGACUCCUUUGGCCCAUUUGACCUAUGAAGAACAAUUGGUCAAGAAGGAAGGUGAAACAUUGGAUUGUAUGAGAGAAAUGUUUUCUGAAAUUAAGAAGAGUUAUGGUACAGCAGAACUCCCAGAAUACUAUACUAUUCAACCAGAAGAUGAAAAAUUGAAGGAUGUUCAUUUGACUUGGUGUGGUAUUUUGUCAUCACCACAAACUGAAGGAUAUAGAAAUAAUUGUGAAUUUACUUGUGGAUACAAUUCUGAAGAUAAACCAACUGUUGGAUUUAGACAAGGUUUAUUUUCUCAAGGAAUUUUCAAUGCCGAAAGUCCAAAAGAUGUCAAAAUUGUUUCUGAUAGUAUGAAGAGAGCUGUUUUGGUUUUACAAAAAUUUAUUGAACAACAUCACGAUACAUACAAGUGUUAUGCUCAAAAAACCCAUACUGGAUUGUGGAGAUUGAUGAAAGUCAGAGAAAAUAGAAAUGGAGAAAUGCUCAUCAUUGUUCAAAUUAAUCCAACUGAAAUUUCUGAAGAAGCUAUGCAAACAAUCAAAACUAAUCUCAUCUCUCACUUUAAAUCAUUCGAUAAGAACGAAUCAUCAGAUCUUUCUAUUAACGUUAAGGGAUUAUUCUUGCAACAACAUACAGGCGUCAGCAAUGCUGCUCCAACUGAUGCUCCUUUGGAUUUGCUCUAUGGAGAACAAACUAUUGUUGAGGAAGUUUUGGGAUUGAAGUUUAAUAUUUCUCCAAUGAGCUUCUUCCAAGUUAACACUAAAGGUGUUGAGGUUUUAUAUUCAAAGGUCAAGGAAUGGACAUUAGAAUCUAUGGAUAAGGAGUCUAAUAAGGAACGUGUUUUAUUGGAUGUUUGCAGUGGUACAGGUACUAUUGGUUCUACAAUGGCUAGCUCUGUCAGCAGAGUUAUUGGUAUUGAAAUGGUUGAAAGCUCUGUAAAUGAUGCCAGGAAGAAUGCUCAAUUGAACAAUAUUCAAAAUAUUACUUUUGUUUGUGGAAAGGCUGAAGAUACAAUUACAACCAAGAUGGUUGAACAUAACUUGAAUUCAUCUAAUGUUGAAUGUGUAGCUGUUGUAGAUCCUCCAAGAUCAGGUCUUCACAAGAAGGUUCUUGAAUCAAUUUUGAGAUCUCCAACAAUUGAAAAAUUAAUUUAUGUUUCAUGUAAUCCAAAGACAUUGGUUGAAAAUGCUAUUAGACUUUGCGGACCAACAUCAACAGUUAGAGCCAGUUAUGGUGCAUUCAAACCUGUUAAGGCUAUUGCUGUUGACAUGUUCCCUCACACUGAACAUUGUGAAAUGAUUUGCGUUUUUGAAAGAAAGCUUAAGAAAUAAAUUAUUAAGAUAUUAUUGCUAGUUUAC